AGAGGAGGGUUUUUACACGGAGGAUCUGGCACCCGUGUUCAGUCGCUGUGGGAUCUGAUGGAGGCGCGAUGGCUCCGUUUCCCGACGAGGUGGAUGUUUUUACCGGGCCGCACUGGCGCAUGAAGCAGCUGGUGGGGCUCUACAGCGAGAAGCUGUCCAAGACCAACUUCUCCAACAACAGGGACUUCCGCUCGUUUCUGCAGUCGCUCCUCGCCACCUUCAAGGAGUUCAAGAUGCACGAGCAGAUCGAGAACGAGUGUAUCAUCGAGCUGCUGCAGGAGCGCAGUCACAUGGUCUACCACGUGCACGCCGACAACAAGCUGUCCGAGAUGCUGUCGCUGUUUGAGAAGGGGCUGCGCAGCGUGAAGAGCGAGUACGAGCAGCUGAAUUACGCGCGGCAGCUGAAGGAGAGGUUGGAGGCGUUCACUCAGGACUUCCUUCCUCAUAUGAAGGAGGAAGAGGAGGUCUAUCAGCCCAUGCUGAUGGAGUACUUCACGUACGAGGAGCUGAAGGCCAUCAAGCGUCAGGUGAUGCAGCAGCACUGCAGUAACCCGUCCUGGAGCUCCGCCGCAGACGUGCUGAAGGGCCUGAACCUCUGGAGUCACGCCGAGGAGCUGCACAAGGCCUUCAAAUACUCCGACCACGAGAAGACCGGAGAAGCAGAGCGGGGCAGCGAGCGCGUGUCCAUCUCGGCGCUGCCGCAGGAAGUGCUCCUCCGGGUGUUCCGCUUCCUGGGUCCGGAGGAUCUGUGCCGCUGCGGGCAGGUGUGCAGCGUCUGGAGUCAGGUGACCAGGACCGGCUCGCUGUGGAGACACCUGUACCCCGUCCGCUGGGCUCGAGGUGAUUAUUACUGCGGUCCUCCGGCCGAGUUGGACCAAGAGCCGGACGAGGAAUGGGUGAAGAGUCUCCAGGACGAGGGACGAGCCUAUCAGGAGAGGGACGAGGACGCGGACGUGGACGAAUCAGAGGAGGCGUCUGAAGGAUCUCCAGCCAUCAGUGCGGUUCAGAGGGAGAAGACGCUGCUCAACGGGAUGAUCCAGAAGCUCCUGCCCUCCGUCGGCCCGUCCGUGCGCUCGCUCAGCUUGGCCUACAGCGCCGCCGUCUCCAGCAAGAUGGUGCGACAGAUCCUCAGUUUGUGCCCGAACCUGACUCACCUGGACCUCACGCAGACUGACAUCUCUGACUCCGCCUUUGACAGCUGGGCGGAGUUCGGGGUGUGUCGUACUCUGGAGCAUCUGGAUCUGUCGGGUUGCGACAAAAUCACCGACCGCACGCUGAAGAUCCUGUCGCUGGGAUUGGGUGACUUAACGACGUCCAGUCCGGAUCGCAGAGCCAAGCUACUGAAAGCCCCGCCCUCUCCCAUCAAACUACAGGACGAGCGCUCUCUUCCACCAAUAGGACGCAGCUGCCAGGAUCUCAUAUUCAAGCGGAGACCUGGUGGGCGUGGCUCCGGCUGUGGCCCCGCCCACGUGUGGGUUCUCGAUCCGGCGAAACUAGCCGACAUAGAGGACGCGGCCGACUGGAGCAGACGAGGGGGCGUGUCUGCGCAGGAAAGUGGGCGUGGCAGCAUCUUUGAGCCGCCGGGAGGCGGCGGCUCAUGCUGCUGUAGGAGGAGCCGGAGGCGGAGCUUCAGGACUGGUAUUAGCUCCUCCCACUGGCAGUACAGCUCAAUGGGUGACGCCCUCUGCGGUCACUCCACCUGCUGCACCUCCGAUGUGUCGCUCUGGACUGUGAGAGAAGCGCACUGUGACCUCGAGGCCACAGGGGGCAGUGUUGAUUUUCGGACUAAAUGCUCGUUUGAGGGUGAAUCUUGCCCCGAGCAUCACAACAGGACUGACCAAUCAGGAGCCUGUCGCACACUCAGGUUCCUCAGCCUGUCCGGAUGCUAUCAGAUCACGGAUCUCGGCCUGAGGUGUCUGUCUCAGCGUGGAGGACUCCCUCUACUGGAGCAUCUCAAUCUCUCCGGCUGUCUGCUCAUCACAGGGGCGGGGCUUCAGGAGCUGGUGUCCGCUUGCCCCGCCCUCAACAUCGAGCAUUUUUACUACUGCGAUAACAUUAACGGUCCUCAUGCUGACACGGCCAGUGGAUGUCAGAAUCUGCAGUGCGGCUUCAGGGCUUGCUGUCGAUCUGGAGAGUGAUGCUCUUUUCUCCGUAUUUAUCUCUCUGUACCCCCUUCCAUCCCUCUCCUCAUGCCCCCCUCUCAUCCCUCAUCCACGUGCACUUUAAUCGGGAAAUUGCUUCAAGAUGCUCUUCGAUGCAGUUUGGCUUCACUACAAUCAAAACGCUUCAAAUAAAGUGAAAUUGGGCUUUGUAAACCGAUCCCAUUCAAUGCAAUUUCUGAGAGGUGUUGUGAAGGAACGUAAUGAUGUAUAUUUGUAAAUAAUUCACAGGAUCUUCAAUUGGAAACUUUGAGUGCUUUAAGAUGUUACUUCAACAUCGUGUGGGUUAUUUUGUUUGAGUAUUUCACCCAGGCACAUUUCGAAACUUCAUCUCAAUCUCCAUCCUGAACCAUUACUUGGGUUUGAUGUUUUAAUCACCAGAUGAUAUGGUUCCCCUACACAAAUAGGAACGUUCACAAGCUUGUUGAGUUGUAGUUUGUCAAAUAAAUCAGCAGGUGUUUUGGAAAACAAAAAGUUAAUAACCAGAGGCUGUAUUAGUUGUGUUAAUCUAUAGGUUUAACCUAAUGCGGGAAUCACGGCAUGGCUGCCGGAAAGUUACAAAUAUUCUCUAACUUCAUUGAACGAGACUUCAUCUGUGAUUAAAGAUCUGGCAACCAUGUUAAAGUAGGGGAAGCAUUUUCUCAGAAUUCAAGCUUUGGUUGAUUCAAAAGGUUUGUGAACUGUAAUAAGUCCUGGGUAUAUUACACACUUUAAUUAAUUUCCCAAGUUUUCAUCUGAGUUUUUAGAUGCUGCAUGAUGUUUCUUUGCGUUCAGUAGCUGACCAUUAAACUCACCUUGAGAUAACAA